AUGGACUACCAGCCCGUGCUCGUCCAGCGACACGCCCGACCCGCUGCUGCAAAGCACUCGCCCGAGUCCCGUCACUGGCGCCAGUUCCGCCACCCCGUCUUCAUCAAGGAGUACGCCCCAGUCACGUCCGUCCAUUUCUGUCCCUCAAAACCACAUCGUUAUGCCGUCACUGCAGCCACCCGCGUGCAGAUAUAUGCUCCCCGCACGAACAAGCUUACAAAGACCAUCUCCCGCUUCAAGGACAUCGCUCGCAGCGCAUCCAUCCGCAACGAUGGAAAGCUUCUUAUUGCCGCAGAUGAUACAGGUCUCGUGCAGAUAUUCGACGUAAAUUCCCGUGCUAUCCUCCGCACUCUUGACUCCCACAAGCAGCCUGUUCACGUCGCGGCUUUCUCCCCUCUUGAUUCUACACAAGCUCUUUCCUGUUCAGACGACACCACCGUCAAACUCUGGGACGUUCCCUCCCAAGCCGCCCUUCUCACCUUUUCUGCACACACGGACUACGUCCGCUCUGGCCAGGUCGCUCCUCACAACCCACAUCUCAUCCUCACAGGAUCAUAUGACGCGACGACCCGUCUAUUCGACUCCCGCACCGGCCAGUGCGAGAUGCUCAUGGGCGGCAGCUCCUCCGAUGCAGCUCCCGUAGAGCAGACCGCCAUGUUCCCCUCCGGUACCGUUGCACUCUCCGCUGCCGGCCCUAUCGUCCGUGUAUGGGACCUUGUAGGCGGUGGUCGCUGCAUACGCGCGUUCUCCAACCACCAGAAGACUGUUACUAGUCUCGCCUUCAGUCAACACGCGACAAGGCUCCUCACAGCUGGCCUUGACCAGAUGGUAAAAGUGUACGACGUUUCAUCGUAUAAAGUUGUGCACACUAUGCGAUAUCCCGCCCCUCUUCUCUGUCUGGCCGUAUCUCCCGACGAUACCCUCAUAGCGGCAGGGAUGUCAGAUGGUACAUUGUCCGUUCGUCGGCGGCAUACAAAAGCGAAUGGUACUGAGGAUGGCACGCUCGCUUCUGCUCUCAAAGCUGGGACGUUCGACACCUUUAUCGAUGGCGCCCUCCCAACCCUCGGUCAGGGCCUUUCAACUAAGAAGAUCAAGUCAAAAGCGGUUGGAGAUCAAGAUGAACUACGCAUAGAAAGUCGCCGACGGAAGCGUCUUCGUGACUAUGACCGGCUGCUCAAGGGCUUCAAAUAUUCGGCGGCGCUUGAUGCCGUUCUGCGUAAGGAUGUUCCUCCCACAACGUCUUUCGCGCUCAUUCAGGAACUCGUGCACCGCGACGGCCUCCGAAGCGCGCUUGCAGGGCGUGACGAUGUUCUGCUUGAGCCCAUCUUACGUCUACUCCUUAAACACGUCGCUGACCCGCGAUUUGGCGAGCUCGUCUGUGAUGUUGCAUCGCUCGUCAUUGAGAUGUAUGAGCCUGUACUCGGCCAAUCCCCUCUUAUAGAUACUCUUUUUGUGCGUCUCCGUAAAAAAGUGCAAGCCGAGUUGAGGUUCCAAAAAGAGUUGCGAAAAACUCGAGGAGCGCUUGACAUGGUCUUUGCAUCUGCCGCUCUUGCCGUUUCAUAG